GUUCAGUUUGUCUACCAUACACGUUCCGCAUACGGUUCAUGCGACUGUCGACGCCGUCAAGGUGAUCACUGGGACGCGUCUUCCGUCGCAGCCAAACAUGGCCUCGUCCCUUGGUACCGAAGACUCUUGUGAGCCGCCCAGCACCGGGCCCGGGACGGCUUAUGAUGAGAAGCACACGGUAGCAAGAUCUGGACGCCGUAAAAGACCCACUGUGCCACUCGAUCAGCGGAAGAGAGCGAAGAAAGCUUGCGAGCCUUGCCGUCGUGACAAACUCAGGUGUGAUGGACGAAGCCCUUGCAGCAGAUGCUCAGGCAAUCAGAGGCAAUGUCUUUAUGCCAGUAGCAAAAUAUCGCCCGACAUGAACUCUGAAUCGGAUCGAAUCAACAGUGUCCAGCAAGCGCAGCAACAUAGUGCAGAAAAGCUGCGUCUCUUGGAGAGUAUUUUUGCCAAGCUCCACCCCGAUGUACGAACAGAUGAUUUGAAUGCGCUGCGGAACUAUGGCCCGACUAGUCCAGCUCAUCCAGAAUGUGUGACUCCCGAAGAAACGAGGCAUCAACCGCUAUACUUGAGCACCAGUUCUCAGCCCGACGUUGGUGACGGACUGGUGGACCUUGGCCGACACGAUGCUCUAGGUAGAACCCCGAUGCCUACGGCGACAAUCACUGUAAUCAAUCAGGGCAAGACUCAUUUCGAAGGUCGCUUUUCUUCGUGGACCUUUUUCAAAUCCGCCCGACAACUCGU